AUGUUCUCACGUUGGGAGCACCAGUGCAAUUCAACGAUUGGAGGAAGAACUUACAAAACGGUGGCGUCUGCCAACCUGGUGGAUGUGAACCUCCGGGCGACGUGGCGCCGGACGCCGUUUGAGCUCAACCUCCUCGAGUCUGCUGCCGCACAAAACGAAUCGUUGUACGAACCUCUUCUUGCCCAAAUUAUCGGCCUAGAUGAUGAGGAAGCACAAUUCACCCAUCAGGAGUUGUUUGAGUCCGCUUCCGCGUUGCUAGCGGAGAUGCCAGCGGCAAUGUUCGAGUUCCAGCUAGCCAAUAAGUACCACUCGCCACGCGUCCAGGCGCACUACCAGUACUAUUCCAACGUGGUGCUUCCAAAGCAUUCGGCUCAAUUGGUUUCCCAAUGUGCUGUGGACUCGUUUGGGAACAAGGUCGGGACCAAGUCCGGGUUGCCGGCUGCCUGGAUGGUGCUCAACAACAAGAUUUACUGCUCUUCGGACGAGAUUUUUGCGCUCAGAUUUGACGAAUCAUCCCAGGAGGGGCUUAUUGCCACAGACCGCAUUAUGGGCAAAGCCGGCCCAAUCGCCAUUGUCUACGGUGACAUUGCCUCAACCAAGUUCCGCCGGAUGUUCCGGACGAUUUAUUCGUUCGUCCAACAGGGCAAGCUCAGAGUCGUCUGGAGAUAUAUACCCGAUGAGAAGACGGUUGAAAAGGAAAGUUUGACCGGUUACGGCGUGGACUUGACGUUGAAGCGCACCGACUACAUCGUGCUCGACGAUAGAGACUUUGGCCAGAAAAUCUUAGAGGUGGACACCCCUGAGGUUGAGUCAGACGUUUUCUGGGAGUCUUAUCACAAAGACAUUGCGCCGUUGAAGCAGACGGAUAUUGACUCUGUGGACUUGCGCCUUGCGUCGUACAUUUUGGACGGAAAUUACACCCUUUCCCAGUUUGAAAUGCUUCAGACAGUGGUGCAGGACUUUCCAAAGUUUGUCUCGUUUUUCGCCUCCUACCCGGUCAAUCCUGAGGUCAAGAAACAUGCUGCAACCAAUGAUGAGUUCGGUUUGGACGAUACCGCCACUGGGCUCUAUGUGAACGGUGCACCGAUCCUUGCGGCUCAGCUUGACGUCUUUCGCCUCUUUAAGGUUAUCGAAGAUGAGCACAAUCUCGUUUCACAGUUCUCUGACUUUGGGUUGAAGCCCUCCCAGGCCAAGGAAUUGAUCAAGAAAUUUGCCCACAUGUCAACAGUCAUGCAAGCACAGCGCGAUAGAGCCCGUUACAACAUCGGUAAAACCCCCGGAGUGGUUUUUUUGAACAACAUUGAGAAGGACAAGGCGUACAAGCCGGUUUCUACCAACUUAGAGGUCUAUAUGCAGCGCUUCCAAAUGGGCCAGAUCCCGCCAUUGCGGGAAAACGUCCACGAAACCAUCUUUGCGGUUAAUUUAUCGGACCAGCAAACCGUUGCGGUGGUGAUGAAGGUGUACGAGUUGAUGGUGGGCAGAAAGAUUUGCCAGCAGAUCGGGGUUCUUCCGUUGGUGGAUUCCGAAUUGGAUGCCCAGCUCACCCAGCAAUUCUACCGUUUGUACGAAGCCGGAUCCAAGGCGAAAUUGCUUCAAUUUUUGAAGGAUAUUAGCAGCGGUGAGGCAAACUUUGACGAAACAGAGCUGGAUAUCACCAAGUACACCCAGGUGCGGAAACAGUUUUCCAUCACCAAUCCGUCAGUUAUCAUCAACGGUGUGUUCUACGCCUUGGACGGGAGGUUCCAACAGAAUAUUGCGGCACAGAUCUACCAGGAUACUAUCGAGUUGCAGCACUUUCUUAUCAACGAGGCUCAGAAGGCGGGCGGUCCGGGCGACUUGUCUGCGGUGAAACAUGGGCAGUUGAAGCAGUUUUUGCUCAGGGGGCUGCUCCAGAGCCGCAAUUUGCGUGUUGCCCCAGAAAACAUGAACGUGGUCCAGUUCAAGGACAUUGACAAAGAAUUGGUAGAGGCUGCUGUUUCAGCCGUCCGAAGUGACGCUGACGGGCUUCCAAUGGCCUCUCUCUGGGUGGUGGGAGAUUUUGACGAUGAAAGUGUCCGUGUGCAGUUGGCUAAUGUUUUGCGUUUCUGGAUAACCGCCGGAAACGAAAACUUGCAGUUGCGUGUGUUGCAAACCGGCGACUCCAAGUUGUUCGGCUUGGUUGAAACGUAUCUUCAGUCCAAGAAGUUUAGCUUAACAGUGGAGGAUGUUGAAAUUUUGGUGGAAACGGUGGAAAGCGCCGAGUCUGGUUAUGCCACCGGGAACGUGUCUGAGCUUCUUGUGAGAAACAAGCUCCCAAGUGAUAAACCCUUCUUGUUACUUAGUGGGAGAUUCAUCUCGGUGGGAGCGGAACCGCUCUCUGUGUCCGAUUUGGAAGCCUGGGUGAGCCAUGAUUCGGAAAACCGUCUCGAGCUCAUCCAGAGCGCAUUGGUCACCUUGGACUUGGACUUUGAUCUUGAAAAGGUGACUAGCCAGUCCUCGUGGUUUGAGCGACUCUUUGCCCUUGUAACGCGCUCCUUGUUCAAGGACGAGCUCUUUGAGCGGUUUGACUUCUCCAAGAUCGACCUGUACAACCAGUUUACGGUAAUUGGCGACGAAGAAUCGCCAAUUACCGUGACCCUUCUUAUUGACCCCCUUAGUGAAAAGGCCCAGGAAGUGAUUGCCAUGGUCAAUGCUGUCACCAAGCUUCCGUUUGUCAACUUGCAAAUACUCUUGCAGCCGAAGCCGAAGGUGGAGGAGCUCGCGAUAAAGCGAUUGUACAGAGGGGUGUUUCCGUCUGGUGCCACCUUUGACGAGACGGGUAAGGCGGUGGAUGCUGCGAAGGCUGUAUUUGACCUCGUUCCAGAAGAAACCCUCUUCACUUUGAACUUGAUCACCCCGUCGCCGUGGAUUGUGGUCAUCCAGGAGGCCAACACCGACUUGGAUAACGUGAAGCUCUCCCUUGCUGGUGGCACUGUCAGUGGUACCUACGAAUUGAAGAACAUCCUCGUCGAGGGGUACUACACCCAGGACUUGUCUGGCCCGGUGCAUAUCCCACCCGCCGGUUUGGCCGUGGAUCUUUCCCCUGUCGGGGUUACUUCGGCCGUUUCCGAUACGAACGUCAUGGCCACAGCCGGCUACAUGCAGUUGAAGGCGAACCCAGGAUUUUAUGACCUCACCAUCAAAAAGGGCACCAGGUCAGCAGAGAUUUACGACUUGGUUUCGGCUAGCGAGGGUUUUGAAGAGGAAGGAAAGAUCCCCGUGGACAGCAUCCAGCUCCGUAUUUUAAACUUGAAGGGGUUAAUGGUGUUUCCUAAGGUGGCCAAGAAGCCCGGGUUUGAAGACAAAUCCUUGGAUGAGCCGGUGCCAGCCGCCAAGAAGGGGUUUAUGGGCAAGUUGUUCAAGAAGUCGGUUGAGUCGAAGCAGCCAGAGAUAAACAUUUUCACCGUUGCCAGUGGUCACCUCUAUGAACGAUUUUUGGGGAUCAUGACUGCGUCGGUGAUGAAGCACACCAAGCACACGGUGAAGUUUUGGUUGAUCGAGAACUACAUGUCGCCGCACUUCAAGAAGGUGUUGCCCGCCCUUGCGGAGAAGUACGGGUUUAAGUACGAGUUGGUUAACUACAAGUGGCCGUCGUGGCUCAGAAACCAGCGGGAGAAGCAAAGGACCAUCUGGGGAUACAAGAUUCUCUUCUUGGACGUUUUGUUUCCGCAAGACUUGGAAAAAGUGAUCUUUGUGGAUUCGGACCAGAUUGUGCGCACAGACAUGAAAGAGUUGGUGGAUAUGGACUUGGAAGGCGCUCCGUACGGGUACACCCCGAUGGGUGACUCCAGGGAGGAGAUGGAGGGGUUCCGCUUCUGGAAGCAGGGCUACUGGGCGAAGCUCUUGGGUGAUGAGUAUCUGUACCACAUUAGUGCCUUGUACGUGAUUGACUUGAAAAAGUUUAGAGCAAUCGGCGCGGGUGACAAGUUGAGAGCACAUUACCAGCAAUUGUCCGCUGAUCCAAACUCGUUAAGUAACUUGGACCAGGACUUACCAAACAACUUGCAAAAAGAGUUGAGGAUUUUCUCGUUGCCCCAGGAUUGGUUGUGGUGUGAGACCUGGUGUUCCGAUGAGUCGUUGAAGACCGCCAAGACCAUUGAUUUGUGUAACAACCCGUUGACGAAGGAGCCAAAGUUGGACCGUGCACGUCGCCAGAUUCCCGAAUGGACAACCUAUGAUGAUGAAAUCACCGAUAUGAUCAAGGGUUUGAGGUUGGAUGAAGCGGUUCCAGCGCCGGUUGAAGAAGAGGAGGAAGAGGAGGAAGAGCAGAUUGACGCUGGGCAGGAUUAUGAUUGGGACGAUCUCGAGCAUGAUGAGCUUUAAAGCAAAAGCGUAGGGGUUUUCCUCUGAAAGUAUAUAGUAAAUGUGUUAAGCAAUACAAUUUACUGGACGCCAGUGACUUGGUGAAUCGAUCAAGUAACAGUAUAGGGGAUUGUUUCAUCGGUGAGUGCCGUCAUUAAUCCUUAGCAUAGUGCUUAAAUCAGAGUGCUUAUGGCUAGCGUAAAAGAGUUAUGGCUUUGAUGUAACACAGAAUAUGUUGUGGAAAUCGGGAUGAUCCAGAAUUCGAUAAUUCGGCCGCGUAGUCCAGUAUGAUACUCGCUUUGGGUAUGAGUAAUCCAGGAUUCAAUUCCCUGUCCGGCCUGGGUUUCUUUUUUUAAUUCUUUAUUCGGUUUGGUAUGU